UCAAAAUCUUCCUUCCAUGCAGCCAUGCAGAUCCAGACAAGACAACAAUAGGUAUGAGGUGGUUCGACUCCAAUGCUGCACCGAAAAAGGAAGGGGGUCAAUGAGGUUCACUAUUGUAUCUCAGUUAUGAAGCACAGAUCUGAAAGGUUUAUUAACGAGUGAAUUUCGAGUAAGGAAAAUGCUUGGAUAAAGAAUGUUCAGGCGAUGGCUUGCUUUUUCUUGGUUUGGUACAACUAGACUGGUUUAAAAUUGUCCUCUUUUUAACAAGCAUUUAACAUAAUGGAAUGUUCUUCGGAUUAUUUCAAUUGUAUGGCAGAUUCAUACGUUGGGAAGCCUGGCUUAAAUUGGGGUUUUAAAGAUUACCACGCAGAAUCAUACAUGUUUGCAAAGACAGAAGAAAGCAAGAUAAAAGAGAAUGUACUAGCAUCUGAAAGAGUCUUGUAUGCAAUUGAAAAGGCCUGUUUGGAUAAUAGCAGUGACAGAAAAAAGUUAGAAAAGAGAGCUAGAGAAAUUGUGGAUGAAAUUGCACAUACAUUCAGUCUCAAGACGAUUAGAUUUAUGUCUUUCAUGUUGAGUAAAAUUGUCAAUAAGCUGUUUCGAAAUGUCUAUGUCAACAGAAGUGGUAUAGAAAAGCUUUCACAUGCUGCAAAAUUUGCUCCCUUGGUUUUUGUUCCAUCACAUAACAGCUACUUUGAUUUUCUUCUCACAUCACUAGUAUGUUUUGCAGUCAACUUGCCUCUACCUGCCAUUGCAAGUGGACAAGAUUUUCUUCAUAUAGCUGUUGUCAACAGAUUGCUGCGAGGAAGUGGUGCAUUUUUCUUACGUCGCUCCUUUGCUACAGAUCAUUUCUACAAAAGCAUUUUUACUGAAUAUGUACAGCAGCUUGUCAAAGAUGGCAGAAUGCCAAUUGAAUUUUUCUUGGAGGGGACAAGGAGCCGGUCAGGAAAAUCCCUGCAUGCAAAGAAAGGUAUGAUGUCAAUGAUCACAGAAAUGUUCUUUCUUGGAUAUGUUCCUGAUAUUCUUUUCUGCCCAAUAAGUAUCAGUUAUGAAUGCAUCACUGAAGAAAGUCUUUAUCUCUUUGAAUUACUUGGAAUCCCAAAACCAAAGGAGUCACUUAGUGGUCUAGUAAAGGCAAGAAAAGUCCUGUCCGUAGAUUAUGGCACAGCUUACUUACACUUUGGUGAUGUUUUCUCGUUAAAGGAGUUUUGCAGUGGAUCUAUUAAUAGAGCAGAGUAUGCCUUAUUCCCAAGGCAUCAUGCAGACUUGCAUCCAUUGGUUAACAGAAAACAAGAAAAGCAAUUUGUUGGCACUUUUUCUGAAUUCUUAGUCAACCAGCAGCAGCUCAAUAUGGCGAUUUUUCCAAGAGCUAUAGUUGCCGCUGGUGUGCUGCAAAGCAUAGACAACUUAGAUGAUUUGCAGAUACUUGUUACUUCUGUCGGUGGUUUGCUGAAGCAUUUCAAAAAGCACGUGCAUGGAAUAAACAAUCGACGAACUCAAGUUCUAAUAGAGGAAGCUGUGCAUUUUUGUUCGCCUGUUCUUAAACUGGACGAUGCCAAAAGAAAAGUUGCAGUGCUUCCGUAUGAUGUUUCAUUUACAGAACUGAAAAGAACAGCGUUAGGCCAGGCACUUGAAACCACAGACAAGCUUAGAAAUACAAUGAGCAAUGUUUAUUUGAGUUUACAGCGUAACAAGCUGAUGCAUAUAUUGCUUGUUCCUUCGUGUAUAGUAACAGCCGGAAGAUUAGGCACUGAAGAGAAGAUAGAGUUCAGUAAACUUCUCAAGAAUUAUUCAUUGCUACAAAAGAUACUCCGUCCUGAAUUUGUGCGUGAUCCAACUACAAAUGACAAAAAUGAGGUUCAGUACAGUCUAGAUAUUCUUAAACGAGUUUCUUGCGUAGAGACGGUUAUAGGAAAAGAAAUGGUGUAUGUAACGAGUUGCUCAAGUAACAAGGUUCUAUUGACAUUUUUGGGUGGAUUGGUGCAGCCUUUUAUUGAAACUUACUGGCUUGCUGGACAAUACAUGCUCACAGCUGCAAAGUACCCUUGUGAAAUAUCCACUCUGGCUUCAGAAAUUCAGCUGUAUGCGGCUUCAUCUCUUCACUUAGGUAUAUUGAGGUCAUGCGAGGCAAUGUCGUUGCUUACUUUGAAAAAUGCCAUCACGAGUCUGAUGGACGCUGGGUGCCUUAUCAUGGCCAAUAGCUCGAGGCAUAAUACGCGGGUCAAUGGUAUUAAUCAUGAAAAACUACACACAUAUAUUUCAUUUCUAGCGGGUUUUUGCGACUUAUCAAAUGUCUGGUUAUCGCCUCCGGAAAAUGGAUGCAUUAGAAUAAAGGCAAGAUUAUAAAUCUCUAAUAUUCAAACUAUAGGGGUAGAAAUCGCAAGAUGGGACAAAAAUUUAUUUGAACUAUAUUAAAUAAAAGCUAUCGUAUGGUGAAUUAUAUGUUGCAUUUGAUAUUAAACGUUGACCAGUGAGACGGGUCACUUAGAUUUUUUGAUAGAUGCUGUAUACGUAACAGGGGUAUAAAUUAGAUUAUAAGAGUAACACGAUUCUCAACCUGUUUUGUAUACCUCAUAUUUAAAGUAGAAGAAAUUGUCAAGAUUACCUUUCUCUGAAAGAGGGUUUUGUAAUUGGCUUGAUGCCUACGUUGGACAGGAUUUCUCCAGAAGAAUGGCUUAAAUUUAGCAUCAUAUGUUAUUGUUAGAAUUUUAACGUUUCCAUGCAAUGGGUGAACUAUGGGUGCCGCAUUAUAUGAAGAUAAAUGCUAGAUUAAAAAGCCACAUUUCUUCCUUUCAAAAUAGUUUUUUGCCAGUUAAGCCCUUCGUAAUCAAUUUUAUCAAUUUAUGAUUUUACGAAAGCCUUAUUUUGGAUUUAGCGAAAAUCAGAUUAGUCAUUUCUCGUCAUGCUACGAGCUAGUAGAUUUCGUAAGAUUUUCUCAGGUUUCCAUUCCUACCAUGCAAAUAAUUUUUUAUUGUCUUGGUUAAAAUGGUAGAAAAAAUGAUCCUUUAUUGAAGAUUAUACAGCGAAAAGCUGAUUGCUGAUGGGUUUUCUGCGUAUAAAGUUGUGUUUCCUUUGUUUGCAAACACGAAAUUGCUCCUUAAUCCAAGAAGGGUUUUCUAGAGACUUUUUUCACCAUAAUGUAUGUAAGCUAAUAAAAUAUGCAUGAUGUUUGGUAUUUGGUACAAAAAGACGCCAGAGAUUGACAUCUGCUUGCCCUAGUUAUAUGACGAGGAACACGAUGUGGUUGAAGAUCGGUGAACGAGGAUUACUUGUCGAGAAGAAGGUGUAUUCGUUUUGUUAUAAACCUUUAUCAACAAGGGUUUUGUCAAUGUUUUCUGAUCAGCCCGGAUAAACCCAGAUAAUAUUUCUUAGAAGCCCUGAAGAUAACUCAAAAAGGAAUCAUUUAGUAUUUUCUGAAGAAAUUUGUUUUUUGGAAAUAUUUUGCUGCUACGGUAGAGGAGUCUGUAAUAGGAAUGUAUGCCUUUUUUAAGAUCUAUGAAUGCAACCUCGACUAAAAUGACGUCGCCAACAUUGUAUUAUCAGUUUUAACUCUGAGAACGAAACAGCUAGCAAUUAGGAAAACGAUCUUAAAAGUCUUGAAACGUAAAGAGCCACGGGGCAGCAUUUUAAACGAAUUAGUUAAUGCUAAAGGAAAUCCAGAAUACAUCCAUGAUGAUUUUUUAAGAAGUAUAACGUCAUACAACGACCCAUAGACGUUAACGUGCCCAUUAGUAUGAUGAGUUACAGAAAUUUGAUCCUCAUAAAAGGAAACCGAAAGUAAUGAAAAAAUAUAGAUCUAGAGCCCCGUUAACAACCCCCCCCCCCCCACAAAAAAAACCUGACUGGACCUGCUUCGGCAUAAGUAGAGCAUUGCUCCGUGAUUUUAAGUGAUAUAUUUUUUAAACAUUUGGCACAUAAAAUAUUGAUCUUAAAAUUGCAAGUUUAACAUUCAUAUCAAGUUAUAGAUCUGACAAAUUUUAGAAGAAAAGAGAUCUAGUACUGUUUUUAUUUAAAAUGGCUUAAUUUUUAAGCAGAAAGAACUAAACAGAAAGGAGAUCUAUAUUGAACGUGAAAAAUUUAGAUGUUGAUACUGGAGCACACAAAAACUAAAAAGUUUUGUCUUAUAUAUUAGCCCAUAAUAUUUAAUAUUUAUGAACUUAAACAUUGAUUUUGAAGAGAGAGCGUAAAACAACGAUCUUAAAAGUGAUUAAAAGGGUUUAUUAGCGAGAGAACCUAAAAAUAUCUUUUGCAUUUUGUUAAAGAAUGAAGUCAGGUGAAUCUGUCUGUAAGGGAUAUUUUUUAUUAAAUGGUAGCUUUGAAAGGUGAUGUAGAAUAUAAAGUAAGAAACUUUUAGAAAGGAAACGGCAGCUCCCAACUCCCCUCGCUUUUUGCCCGGAGAAGUUUACGCCUUUAUUGAUGAUAUUUUUCUAGUCUCGAACUAUGACUAUGACCUUAUUGUACUUUAAAGCACUUCAGCUGUUGCUUUGAAUAAAUCAAAUUGCCCACGUAGCCCGUUUGUUCUGAUCAAAGUCGUCGCCAUUAAUUCCGAUAAACUGGUAACUCAAAAUACUGGUAGGUGUUUUCACUUUGGCCUUUGCAUUGUCGCAUUCGGCAUCAUCACCAUCAUCAGAGUCGUAUCCAUAGUCAUUUGCAGUGCUUUCAAAGUCUAUUUUCGUUUGUUGUAUCUUUGAUCUAAGGUCAAUCAUAGUUUUUGCCAAUUGUUUGUCCUGCAAUUUCAUCUCAACGAGCUCUGUUUUUACCCAAUCCAACGCAUUUUGUAAAUUAUUCAUUCGAGUCCUGUGGGGUUGCUCCGCUCCAAACUGGAAAUUUGGAUGAGUGGCUUUAAGGCUCUUUGCGACAUCUGCUUCAAUUGUUAAAACUACUGUCAGCGUAUCCGAUUCCAGGCCACUAUCUGACGAGCCGCUGCUUAAAAUCUCUUCGCUUGGGAAAGAUUUAGGCCGUGUCCUUGGCAUUUUCCACUCCUAUUAAGCAAGACUGAUAGGAGCUUUUUGUAUUUUUUUACAAAGAAUACAUCAUUUUAGAACUGUUUCCAUGAAUUGGGCUGGAUAUCCUCAAACUUCUUGUUUCAUGGAUCGCAAACUACGAAAAAUAAAAGGCAUUUAUCACAGAUUGCUUGCAGUAUAUGUAAAAAACUUUCAAUGGGGCUUAUUCAUUAUUCAGUGUUUCUUCGUCUAGAAUAAAACAACAUUUCAUUGAAAGAGCAUUCAUAGAGCAGUCUGAACUCUUUGUAAUUUAAAACGGAUUUUGCUAUUCAGCACUUGCAAAUGUUUAUUUCCUUGCUGUUUUGGCUUAUUUCCUUUAUUCCAGAAUUUUAUUUGGGACUUUUGUUUUUGAUUUCAAUACGGUGCUUUUUGAUAUAGCCCAUAUUAUCUCGACUAUUGACAUAAAUAAUAAAACUCGCCAAGAGAAAUGCAUUUUUCUUAGGCUUAGACAGACGUCCUCUAUGAAGACGGAAUGCAUAAUAGAAUGCGGGAGAGAGCCCUUUAAAUGAAACGUAUUCUAUCAGACGUUGUGAUUCCAGGGAAACAACCCCUCGAGGUUGCAUCUGUAAAAGAUUCCUGUUUCUAUUUUUUCAACUUAACAAAAGCCAAUUCACAACCUUAAGUUACCAUUGCAGUACAACGUACAGAUAGUACUAUGACUGAAAGACAAUUGUGAUGUGGAUAAUU